CGAGACAGCGACAGCACAAGGUCGUAUUGACAACGUUAUAUCAUCUUCGCCAGCAGAGGAAGCUGAUUUAACCUUAUGGUAUAUAUCAAAGUUUUAGAGCAGUUUUAUAGCUAAUAUUAUUUCUUUAGCUCUAUAUAUUUUAGCUCUAUAUAUCAGCAAUAUAGGCUAGAUAUCGUAAUAAAAAAUACUAAUCAACAUGUCUCUGCGACCGCUGUUUGAGUCAUUUGUUCGACCGGUACAUCGAAUGCGUCUGUAUCCUUCACAUUUUCAUAAUUUUUGGGAACCUUUCACAUGGCCAACUGUGAGAAGAACUCAAUCUGAAGAUGAGUUUGACAAAUUUGUGAGACAAGUUGACGACAGAUUCACUGGAAUGUUCGCUCACGUUGAUGAUGCGUCUAGUGUUACUGUUGAACGAGAAGGCCAAGAAGUCAAUGGUAAUCCGAAUAAGUAUGAAAUGAAGAUAUCUGUACAAGAUUUUGAACCAGAAGAUCUUAAAGUCAAAGUUCAAGGCAAUGAUUUGAUUGUUGAGGCCAGAAAAGAAGAGAAAAAAGAAGAAGGUGGAAUGCUAGCUCAUAGUUUCAGGCAAUUCAGACGCACAUUUACACUUCCCGAAGGAGUGGAUAAGAAAAAUCUAACGUCGGCUUUAUCGAGAGGCGGGAUUCUAGAAAUCGAAGCUCCCAGAGUGGCUCCAGUACAAGUUGAAAAACAAGAAGAAAAGAAAAAGAUUGACGUUACGUUUUCAGAACCAUAAAUGAACAAUUUAUUGUUCAAGUCUUUUUUGUAUCCAAAAUGUAUUUUGAAAUUAGUGUUUCAGUUGAGCAGAGGGUGCAUAAUAUAAUUUUCAUGAAACUGUAAUGCUGUUGUUAUGUAGAAUUACUUGAAAUCGGUAAAUGCAUGUAUAAUAUUCACUCUUAAAUUUAGACUGUGUAUGUCGUGAAAUGCUUCAUUGUACAAUUGUAAUUCUGUAUAAAAUAAAAUAUAGCAAAAACUUCAUUUGA